CGGCGGGGGCAGCAGAGGCCGCUGUGAGGAGCUCUGCGCUCGCGCCGCCGCCGCCCUCGCUUCUGUGCGCGCCUGGUGCCUUCGGCUCCGCUCCCGGGAGGGAACCUGUUAUAAGAGUCAGUAAAUCCAGUGGAAAAUGGCCUUCAGUGAUCUUACAUCGAGGACUGUGCGUCUUUACGAUAACUGGAUCAAAGGUGCCGAUCCAAGAGUUGAAGACUGGCUCCUCAUGUCCUCACCUCUGCCACAAACCAUCAUCCUGGGACUCUAUGUCUAUUUUGUCACUUCUGUGGGACCAAAGCUCAUGGAGAAUCGAAAGCCCUUUGAACUCAAGAAAGCAAUGAUAACAUACAAUUUUUUCAUAGUACUCCUUUCUAUGUAUAUGUGUUAUGAGUUUGUGAUGUCUGGCUGGGGUACAGGUUAUUCAUUUCAGUGUGAAAUUGUUGAUUAUUCACGGUCACCUGCAGCUUUGAGAAUGGCACACACCUGCUGGCUUUAUUACUUCUCCAAAUUUAUUGAGCUAUUAGAUACUAUCUUUUUUGUUCUGCGUAAGAAAAAUAGCCAAGUUACUUUCCUGCAUGUCUUCCAUCAUACCAUCAUGCCAUGGACCUGGUGGUUUGGAGUCAAAUUUGCUGCAGGUGGUUUGGGAACAUUCCAUGCCUUUCUGAAUUCAGCUGUACAUGUAGUCAUGUAUUCCUACUAUGGACUGUCUGCAUUGGGACCAACCUACCAGAAAUAUUUGUGGUGGAAAAAAUAUUUGACAUCAUUACAGCUUGUGCAGUUUAUCAUUGUCACUAUCCACAUAAGCCAGUUCUUUUUCAUGGAGGAUUGCAAGUACCAGUUUCCAAUAUUUCUGUACAUCAUUAUGAGUUAUGGGUGCAUUUUUCUGCUGCUGUUCCUCCAUUUUUGGUACCGUGCUUAUACCAAAGGUCAGAGGCUGCCCAAAACGAUGAAAAAUGGAGUCUGCAAAAGCAAAGAACACUGAAAUGCAAGCACAACAUGCAAGCACAUCUAUGAUUAAGACUGAUAUCUUGUCUUCCUUGACAAUCAAGAAUCUUUACAUGUGCAGUGCAUUUUGUAUAUUUUUCAAAACCAAGAGCUUGUAUUUUUAUGAUGAGUUAUAGGGGUUUCUGAUAUUUGGAAGCUUGAAGCUCCCAGAUAGCAAUCUUCUGGUAAUUAGAGCCUAGAGCAGGUAGAAGAUUUUCAGUUACUUUUAAAUAUGAACUAAAGGUUUUGUUUAAUACAUUUUGCUGCACUGAAAGGAGGAUAUGAAACAGUACAGCACUCUUCAAAGUCCAGUAUAGAUGAAAAAUGUCUCUAGAUAUUUUGAACAUGGAGAAGAGAUCCAUGCAGUAUAAUAGAUUCCUUCUGCCAGGUCUGAAAACCUCUAGCUGCUGGCUCUGGCUUUGUUGCUUGUUGACUAUAUUCAGAAGACACUAUAUCUGUUCUAGAGUUAAAUUCCUGUUCUAAAGAGCUAACACAAGUGAACAUGAAGUGAAUUUUUUUUUAAUAAGUUGUCUCUUAAAAUCACUGAUGAUAACUUAAUGAAUCUCUUGAGCAGCUGCCAACAGCUUUGCUGGUGACUUCUCACAACACUUCUGUUGUAUGAAAUGUUUUAAAAGUAACAAGCAUUUCAGUUAGUACAUUGAUGUACUUGACACUAAGGUUAAGAUAUUAAAUAAUGUGAUUUGUUCUGAAGGGAUAUGAGCACUGUACUGUUACUGUUUUGCAAUUAACAUUGUAUAUCUCUGGAAAGAGGUCUAUUUAUCCAUGGAAAAAGUACUCUGUAGUUCAGUGGGAAAACUCGCUUGUAUUACAAUUUCACUUUCUCAUGGUUUAAUGAUUCUUAUCUUGGUUAAAAAUAUAUUGGUUAAAUACUUAAAUGUUAAUAUCAGUAGUGCACUGCAGGUACCCUCAAAUCAUAAAUAGUUUUAGGCUACUCAUUAUACAUGAUUUCCAGAGAAGGGUUAGCGUAGCUUGUGAAGCAGCUGGAUACAAAUGGUAAAACAGAGGCUAUUCAGAGAAGAUUUGGUCACAUGAGGGCCAUUUUACCUUUUUAAUAUAGAAAGAAAAGAAAAAGAAGGAGAAAGAGGGGAAGAGAGAGACUAACACUAUAUAAUAGUUAUUGUUAGAGACAGACUGCAUGGAAAAGUAUUUCCUGAAUUGUGAGUUAACAGCCUGAAUUUCUUUUUUCAAAUCUGUAAAAUGAAGGACUGAAGGAAAGAAAUUCAUUUUUAUUAGGUUUUGUUUCUUUAAAAUUGUUAUUUUCCAAAAUGUUCUUGUUGUCACAUUUUCUUGUUGGAGUACCAAAACUACUGAAUAGUUUUGUCCAAGAAAUAGCAGUAUUUGGACAUUUCUGAAGUUUUCUAUAUUAUUUUUUCUUGUUAUAUUUAUACCUGAUUUUAAAUGACUGUUUAAUGCUUGUAUGACUUUAAACAGUUAGCACUUACGGGCCCCAGUUACUAUGUAAUACACAGUGAUACUUACUGUGCAACAAAGCUAACUGUAAACUUCUAUAGUUAUGUGUCUUCCUAAUCCAUUGUUACACUAUGGCCUUCUGUCUGCACACUUCACAGAUUCAUAAGGUUAAUUGCCUUUAAGUGACCUUCAGUGAUUUCACUUACUAUAUGAGACCAUGAUGAUUGAUAUAUGGGGAAUUUCACAUUUUUUUGUAAUAAAGAGUAAAGAACAGGAAAGCACAACUAAAAGAAAUAGCAACUCCCAUUUAUUUCAAUGGGUGGGUCUUAGGGUUCCUUAAGUGUUUACUUUUUUGGCUCUUGGUAUCCUGUGCUAAAAUGAGAGGACAAGGUAGGUGCUGUUAUACAUACAUAGGAGUCCCAAAAGAUCUUGUGUAUGGCAAGACCAAAAGAAAGCAAAAACAAAAAAAGAACAGGAGAGUUUGCUGUAUUUUCUUAGAUGCUUUCCAACCUGCAUAAAACAACUUCUAACCUCCCCUGUGGUCUUUAAAAUGCUUGACUUUCCUGUGAUCCAGUAGCAACAUGUGAUAAAAGGGUGGGAACCACAUUCUAAAUUAUAUGAAUUGAAAUGGAAAGCUAUAAUUGAUAUGAAAAGAGAUCACAAUUGGUAGAAGUAUCCUCCAUAUAAACAUCAGGAGAUCAAGAUGAAUGUCACUGAAUAUAGAAUUUGUAUGGGCAAUGUUUUAUUAAAAGAGCCUUUGUGUAGUCACAUAGAGUUUCUGUUGGGGUUUCAUCCCACUUUUCAGGACAUUUUUGCCUUUGGUUUUGUUUGUCUAACAAACAGAAAGCUCAGUUACACAAUCUGGUUUCUGAUAUAAAGCUCUAUGACUUCUGAGGAUCUAUAUCUAUACUGUAAAUAAACAAGUACAAACAUUUAAAUAUCAAUGGGACAUUGCCAUUUUACUAUAUUAAUUCUUAUAAAGUAAAAUUCUUCAUUCAGCAGACUACAUUGUCAACAUAAAUUAUAAAAUUAUGAGAUUACAUUGCCUCGAUAAUCCCUUAUUUCUGUUAAUUUAAAGACUGGAAAAUUCCAUGGAUACUGUCAAAGUUUGGGAUUGUGUUCUCUUUGUAUUGUAAUAAAGUUAUGGGAUUACGUGUA